UUAGCACAGGAAAUGGCAGGAUAUAUCUUGGAGCCUCAGAACUACCUGGAGAGAGGGGAGGUAGUCUUUUCCCCCAUGUAAAAAAAAUAGGCUCAGAGGAAUUGCCUAAGGUCAUAAAAUGGUGGUGCCUGAUUGCCCUCUGGGACUUCAAAACCAGCAGGGCAGCCUCACGCAGACAGGAGGGUCAAGAACAACUUUUUCUAUGUCUGCUGGUCUCCUCACCAGGCUGGAAAUGUUCCAAGGGCAGGGACACAGUGUUCCAGCCCCUAACAUGGAGCUAACACAUAGCCAGAGCCCAAGAAAAUUUGGGCCUGACACCCAUUCACAGAAGAGAAAGCCAAGUAUAGAGAGGCCCAAGGUCCAAGAGCCAGGUGAGGCUGAGCUGAAUCUGUGUCGGCAGCCAUGCUGAGGCUGACUGAUGGGGAGAGCCUGUUUGUGCCUCCUGGAUCAGCUGUUUUUUCUCCUGGCCCUGCAGGUUUACCUGGGAAUUGGCCCAGACAAGGGCUGGGGGCCUACUUCUCCUGGUGGUUGGUGAGUGGCAGCCACAGCAGCAGGAACCAGGACCAAGGACAAACAGGAGCUAGGAGCCCCAGCCCUGCUGCAGGCCCUGACAUGGCACCAUUCCUGCGCAUCGCCUUCAACUCCUAUGAGCUGGGCUCCCUGCAGGCUGAGGAUGAGGCCAGCCAGCCUUUUUGUGCCGUGAAGAUGAAGGAGGCACUUAGUACAGAGCGAGGGAAGACACUGGUGCAGAAGAAGCCAACCAUGUAUCCUGAGUGGAAGUCAACAUUUGAUGCCCACAUCUAUGAGGGCCGAGUCAUCCAGAUUGUGCUCAUGCGGGCAGCUGAGGACCCAGUGUCCGAGGUGACUGUGGGUGUGUCAGUGCUGGCUGAGCGCUGCAAGAAGAAUAAUGGCAAGGCUGAGUUCUGGCUGGACCUGCAGCCCCAGGCCAAGGUGCUGAUGUCUGUGCAGUACUUUCUGGAGGACGGGGAUUGCAAGCAGUCUAUGCGUGGUGAGGAGGAGGCCAUGUUCCCAACAAUGAACCGCCGUGGAGCCAUCAAACAGGCCAAAAUCCACUACAUCAAGAACCACGAGUUCAUUGCCACCUUCUUUGGGCAGCCCACCUUCUGUUCUGUGUGCAAAGAAUUUGUCUGGGGACUCAACAAGCAAGGCUACAAGUGCAGGCAAUGCAACGCCGCCAUCCACAAGAAAUGCAUUGACAAGAUCAUCGGCCGGUGUACUGGCACUGCAGCCAACAGCCGAGACACCAUUUUCCAGAAAGAACGCUUCAACAUUGACAUGCCGCACCGGUUCAAGGUUCACAACUACAUGAGCCCCACCUUCUGUGACCACUGUGGCAGCCUGCUGUGGGGCCUGGUGAAGCAGGGGUUAAAGUGUGAAGACUGCGGCAUGAAUGUGCACCACAAGUGCCGGGAAAAAGUGGCCAACCUCUGUGGCAUCAACCAGAAGCUCUUGGCCGAGGCCUUGAACCAAGUCAGCCAGAGAUCCUCCCGGAAGCUCGGCCCGGGUGUGCCAGAGCAUGUUGGAAUAUACCAGGGUUUCGAGAAGAAGCCAGGAGUCUCUGGUGAUGAUGUUCCAGAUAACAAUGGGACCUACGGCAAGAUCUGGGAAGGCAGCAGCACCAGGUGCAGCAUUGAGAACUUCACCUUCCACAAGGUCCUGGGCAAAGGCAGCUUUGGCAAGGUGCUGCUUGCAGAGCUGAAGGGCAAAGGACAGUACUACGCUGUCAAGUACCUAAAGAAGGAUGUGGUGCUGAUUGAUGACGAUGUGGAGUGCACCAUGGUGGAGAAGCGGGUGCUGGCGCUCGCCUGGGAGAAUCCCUUCCUCACCCACCUCAUCUGCACCUUCCAGACCAAGGACCACCUGUUCUUCGUGAUGGAGUUCCUCAAUGGAGGGGACCUGAUGUACCACAUCCAGGACAAAGGCCGCUUUGAACUCUACCGUGCCACGUUUUAUGCAGCUGAGAUCAUCUGUGGGCUGCAGUUUCUACACAAUAAAGGAAUCAUUUACAGAGACCUCAAGCUGGACAAUGUGAUGCUAGACCGGGAUGGCCACAUCAAGAUUGCUGACUUCGGGAUGUGUAAAGAGAACAUAUUUGGGGAGAACCGAGCCAGCACCUUCUGCGGCACCCCUGACUACAUUGCCCCCGAGAUCCUUCAGGGCCUGAAAUACACAUUCUCUGUGGACUGGUGGUCCUUUGGGGUCCUCCUCUAUGAGAUGCUCAUUGGUCAGUCCCCCUUCCAUGGGGAUGAUGAGGACGAACUCUUUGAGUCCAUCCGAGUGGACACACCCCAUUAUCCCCGCUGGAUUACCAAGGAGUCCAAGGACAUCAUGGAGAAGCUGUUUGAAAGAGACCCACAGAAGAGGCUGGGAGUGACAGGAAACAUCAAAACCCACCCCUUCUUCAAGACCAUUAAUUGGGCUCUGCUGGAGAAGCGGAAGGUGGAGCCACCCUUCAAGCCCAAAGUGAAGUCCCCAGGAGACUAUAACAACUUUGACCAGGAGUUCCUGAAUGAGAAGCCACGCCUUUCCUACAGUGACAAGAACCUCAUCGACUCCAUGGAUCAGACGGCUUUUUCUGGCUUCUCCUUCGUGAAUCCCAAAUUCGAGCACCUCCUGGACAAGUGAGGCUCCCUACCAUAGCCUCCAAGCCCCUGGGCAGAGCAGGCUGGCCCACCCUCAGUUGCACUCACUGCUGCCCUGCGUAAAGCAGUAGGGUGAUUGUCCUGACUUCCGCUGCUGCGCCCUUGGCCCCCAAGAGGGCUCGGCUCCUGCUGGCUGGGCUCAUGGUACUUCUUCUGUGAACUGUGUGUGAAUUUGCUUUCCUUCUGCUCCUAGAGGGAAACUGUAAAUCCUGUGUUUCAUUACUUGAAUGUAGUUAUCUAUUGAAAAUAUAUAUUAUAUAUAUAAUAGGCUGUAUAUAUUGCUCAGUAGGAAGAAAGCAUGUAGGGGACUGCUGAUGUGUUCUUUUUAAAAAAAAAAAAAUAUAUAUAUAUAUAUAU